AUGCACUUCAUCGAGAAGAAUCGUCUUCCAUCUACUAGCCUUUUGGUCUACAUCCGCGCAAGCAAGGAGGGGUUAUUCCGAUACAACCGAGGAUGUCUUGCCGAACCAUCCGCCACAGCCCUCCUACCAACGAUCCAGUCACCAGAGGCUCUACAAUCUCAACUACUCCGUAGUACAAGCUUUACGCGGUCUCUCGGCACCAGAGAGCUUCAAAUAAAGUGUAAGCAAAGGGCCACCAACGAUCUGCGGGUUGGAUACGGCCAUCGACCGAGGCCCGGAGCCGAGACACUGACGCAGGGACGCUCCAACCAUCCUAGUGCCUCGUCCUGGAUAUACGCGGUCGACUACCUGCCUCGCUUGAGCCUAUCCGAGGCAAAUCGAUGCCGCUCCGGAAAUACUUCAGAUUGUAGACAGCUCAAGCUCGGUCGUUACUUCGCCAAUCAUGACGUCCAAUUCCUCGCCUCACCCAUCACCUCGGUUCGCGAGGUGACGACCGAGCAUGCGCCCCUGCGUCUUGUACCUGAGAACCGACUGGUGGGAUUCCGGGGUCCCCAGGAUGGACACUUCGAUGCGAGCGCGCCCCUCCCGUUCAAAUUCGAGUUCCUGUUCCCGUCACAGCCAAGCACACCACUACGCGUGGCGGACUCAUCCCAUGACGACGAAGGGGAGCUCGAAAAACUGAACUCUGCUGACCCGAAUCCGGAAUGUGUGACUGGUAACUCGAUGCAGCGACCGAUCGUCAACCAUGCCCUCGGGCCGUGUCGUUGUCGUCAAAACGUCACUCCCGCUGGCCAUGCCCCAAGGAUCAUUCCUAUCUAUCCCCUCCCCAUCUCCGAGUUGGCGGCUUCUGAAGAACAGCUCUUGCUCAAAUCGGAGAACCGGUCUGCUGGCUGUCAACUUGGCUCCCUGGAAUCUUCCCUGCUCUAUCCCCCGUCUCGGUCAUUGCAGUAUUGUCUAUGGAGCACAUCCAGCGACACUGGUACGAUUAUCGUCGGCCUGAAUGUUCUCAGUAACGGCCCCGAGAGCUUCACCUAUGGACAGAGGCGCCCAGACCACAUCUCCGCCAUCUCACCUUCCCACUCCACCUUUGAGUUUCAGGCAGGAACUCUAAAUCUUCUGGCUCCUGAAUCGUCCAAGCCUGCCACGACCGAGUCAAUGCGACCAGUACAUACUUAUGCCAUGAGCAAUCACGGCACAAGCCCGGUAAAGGAAAUGCCAGGCCAGCCAUCCCAUGGAUUUCCCAGCGACAAAAAUGCGGAGGAUCUACACCUGCAUGUGCAACAUGAACACAUCAUCUGCUCGUUGACGGGAUCCCCAGGCAAACACACUUUACAAUGCCCAACUUUCGAAUUCGUCGAGUGCUCACCGAGCUCGCUGCUGCCAUACUACACCACACUACCAAUUGGGAUUCCGCCGCUCCAUAGCUCCGAAUGCGAGAACCAAGCAGUCAAGAAGUCGCCUCAAGGCCAGUUGAAGUUGACGUCUCAGGCCGAGUACGAGGUCAGAGCUAUCAUGAACGGCAGAUAUCCUUAUAGACUGCACUCAGGAUACGAGGCCUCGAUAGGCAGUCGGGCACACGACUUGGAAGCCAGCUUUUGCCGUGUCACCUUCUCAAACUUUCCGAAGAAGCAGGGAGCCAGUUGUUUGUACGACUGGCAUGCACGGCACACGCUCUACAUCCGCAAGCUCCUCGAUACGUUGCCGAGCAAAGUUGUCUGGAUAUUCGGCACCAUUCAAGAUGUCGUCUUAUCAGCCCGGGCAACUACCAAGACGAAAAAAAAAUCCAGACCACUUUAUUACCUUCCCCGAACGGUCUGGUCGAUUUUCUGCAUCACAAUUGUCACUAUCAUCAUCUUUGGAGGUACCUUGCUCAAGCGAGACCACAACCAUGAUCCUAGAAUAUCAAUUCAGUGGACGACGGGAGUUUCUUUGACAAGACAUCGGGCCGGUACUGAUGGGGCCUGCAUCGAACGACCCACCACAGCCAGCAUGAACCAGACUUUCUGCAGCCGCCUACUUUUAGGGCUCCGCUGCCACAACCAAGCGGGUCCCGCCGUUCACCGCACACAUUCCAAAGCCAGAAUUCAUAAAGCCCUAUUCCGCCGCUCGUCUUCAACAAUAACUGGUCUCCUCGGAACUGAGCACACUGAAGGUCUCCGGUUCAAGUCCGGGCUAGAUCAUCCCUUGGGCGAUUGGUUUAGUGGUAUAAUGACCGCUUAG